AUGGCCCGAGGCGUGUGGCCCAGUGCCUGUGGUCGAAUCGAAGGCCUCGAUGCGAGGCCCGUGAUGUUGCGCUGGGAGUACCGAUGUGAGGGCUGUGCCUGGCAACUCUUGGAGACUGCUCUGGUGGAUCUGGACUCGAGACCUUCGGUGGUGAGACUCAACGCCUUUACGUUCCAGGCCCUGCACAUUGGAGCACAUGUGGAUGGCUGGGGUCACGAAGCCAGUGGCGAUCGUCUCUGGUCCCCAUGUGGUGUCGCAGAGCUGUCGCUUCACUCUGAGCGCACGGAAGUCGCGAGACGUGACGUGGCUCACGUGGCCAAUUUCGGGCCGGUCUCCAGCGCCAGUGCCGUAGAUUUCUUCUAUGCCUGGAGCGUUUGGGACGCCGAAAGCCUCCAGGACAUGUCGCAUCUCUUGACGCAGCUACGGGCAGUUGACCUGGAUGUUGCUGCUGGCACCUUUCCUUUGGGCCGCUACGUGGUCAAAUUGUUCGUGGGUGCACAAGCCAUGCCAAUGGUCUCCAUCGAAUCCUCCUGGCUGCCGGGGGAUCGGGUCUCCACUGAAGCCGAUUCCACGAACAUCACAGCCCGCAUCGGUCUCAGCUCACCUGAUUGCCUGGUAGAGAAUUUAUCGGCCUGGUCCUGGCGAUGGCUGCUGUUGGAAGAUCGAAAUCAAGAUGUGGUGGCCGAUUUUGGGGCUAUGAGCGAUGGGCAGACCCUGGUAAUGAGCACCUCCAAUUUUCACGACUUCGCCAUGAUCUCCGGGGAGCAGUACUUCUAUGGCGUCGCAGGGAUUCCGGCAUCAUUUACCAGCUAUGGCUUUGCAGAGCUCUUCGGCUUGGGACUUACCUUGAGCAAAUCCAAUCGCUUCACCGCCGAUGCACCGCCAGGUUUUGGGUGUUGGCGUUGUUGGUACACGGUUUUAAGGACCUUUGGAUGGCAGGAUGAAGAUCCUGAGGGCCUGGAGCAGCUCUGCAAUCCAUCGGGGGAUGGGAGGUGUGUGAACCGUGUGCGCGGUCCAAAUGCCAUAGAGCUCCUGUAUCGUGGCAGGUUGGUCCAAGAUACCUCCAGGGGCAAGCGCAAUUGGUUCUUGCUCUUCACCUUGUUGUUGGUAGACAAAGGGCUCAUAGUCAACUGCCUCAUCUUCCAAACGAUCGUUCAAGCAUGUCAAAGUGUCCUGACCGAUAACAGGCUGCUAGCAAACGAUUGUACUUGGCCUCCAUCUGAUGAUCUGCAGGUGGAGGUGUGGUCUGUGAAGGCUGCCACCAGUGAAGAUUCACCAAAGCAGGAUGGAUAUGGCAGGUACGCCUUCUUCCGCUUCUCUGCUGCCAUCAUUGCCUCAGAGACGGCUGAAGGAGCCGCGAUCGAUCGCUGUGAGGAUCGCUUGGCGCUGCCCGAGAUUCAAUGGGAAGAUGUGACCUCUCCCAACUACUUUCGGGCCCUCGGAGGCGUCAUGUUACGCGACUGGGCCCGGGCCAAAAGUCCGUGGCUCCAAACCUUGAUGCCCUCAGGGAAGUUCUACAUCCUCGUCCGCGCGCGAGAUUCGGUGGGUGGAAAGGCGGACUCGCCGUGGCUGCUGGGCGUCGUGGUGGGCAGCGAGGCCAUGGACGCCACGGAGAUGACGUCGCUGCUCAACGCCCAGGUGGUCACGGGCGAUGCCCAGCGCAUCUUCAGCUCCGUAGAGGAGACGAGAUGGAGACGUUGUGGGAGUAGAACUGGAGCUCAUUGA